UUUCGCGAAUAAAAUUCGCCAUCAAAUACUAGAUACGCACCAGCACACCCAUAGAUUGCUGGUAACUUUAGAUAACAUCCAACUGCUCCAAAAAAACUUCCACCAAAAAAAAAGUAGCUGUAGAAAAUGCUGAUAUUACAACAGAGCCUUGCCAUGACUUGAAAGCUGAACUGUUAAAGCUACGAAAAUCCACACGAGAUGUCCGACAAGGCGGUCGUCGACUUCUACGAUCCACGCACCUGUUUCUGCCGGUUUUUCUGUCCAACUCUGGCAAUCUGGGCCUGGCAGGGUUGCGAUGACCCGGCUGCCAUCAUCAUCAGCGCGUUUCUCUGUACCAACUGCGCGGCCGGCUGGCUUUACAGUCUCCUCCUCUGGUCCCCCGGCCCGCAGAAAAUUUUCGCGGUGGAAACAACAGAUGAGCCCAAGUACCUCUGCUGCUUCUGCCACCCGAAAGACCAGUGUUGCCGGUUUUGGUUUCCGGUUGUUGCGGUUUUUACCUGGCAGGGAUGUGACGGCAUUGUCGACCUGUUCUGCGCGGUUUCCUCCGGUAUCGUUCCGUUCCUCGGCAACUUCUACGUGUGCCUACUGUGGGGGCCGGGAGAUAGUCAGAAGAUGUGGGGCGGGGAAGCGGUGGUCGGGGCGCCGGUGGUGGCGAGUACUAAUUACGGGGCGACAGAGGAGGCGAAGUGAGGAAAAUGGCUGUUGUUGAUGUCAGUUGUCCUACUAUAGUUGGUGAGGAAAAAUAGUUGUACUGGCAAGCCUGUUCCUCGAAAUGAUAAAAUUUAGCACUUUUUUUGUUCAACCUUCAAAAUGUUUUGUUUCUCGAAAAUAAGUCUCUGUUUCGCUAGUAAAUAAGUGUGUUUCCUAGAAAAGCUGGAGCUGGCCACCUGCAGGGGCAACUAUGUUGCGCGUACACGAGUACGCUAACAAAUGAAUGAGUUACAGUUUCAGAAGUAAAAAUUUUAGCCUGAAUAACGAAAAGUAAAAUUGCAAUUUCUAAAUGCAGUGAU